CAGGGCAACGGGCAGAGAGGAGGACAGACAGGGACUAGCAGGUGGGCUGCUGCCGGUGUUACCCACCUCUACAGCUCUUCUUCUGCCGCCAGAUAAAUUAUUCCCGUCUUUCGUGUUGCUAACCUGCCGAGAGGAAACACAGAGGACGAGCUGUCGGAGCGAAGUCGCACUUUGAAGGACGUAGACAGAGAAAAAAGAGACACUAGCUGGGACUGAUAGUUAAACGAGAGGUUGUAAAGUGAAAACGACGCGACGUGAGCUUGUUGCUCGGUAGUAGCUGCUGUCAGAAAGCAUUAGCAGCUACACCGAGUCCAUUAGUUGUUGAGUGAGUGUGUCUGCCGAGGGCUGCAGGUGUUUUUCUUUCCAGAGGUGACAUGCAGGCAGUGAGGGAAAUGGUCCAGUGUCCCGUUUGACAAACGGUCCUUCACUCUGACCGUAAGUGACCAUGAAGGACACGGGGGAAUCUAAGGAACAACAACUCACGGUUGCCUUGAGGAUCCGACCUGUGAGCGAUGCUGAGCGGGAGGAAGCGGCUACGACCGUGGCUCACAGAGUGGACGAACAGAUGGUGGUUCUGAUGGACCCCAUGGAGGACCCGGACGACAUCCUGCGUGCCAACCUCAGGGAGCAAACCUACAUGUUUGAUGUGGCGUUCGACUACUCAGCCAGUCAGGAUGAGGGUGUACCGAGCUACACCAAAGGGCUGAUUGAGGGCCUCAUUUCAGGCUACAAUGCCACCGUGUUUGCCUACGGACCCACAGGUUGUGGGAAGACAUACACCAUGUUGGGGACGGACAAGGAGCCGGGCAUCUACGUCCGACCGUUAAACGACCUGUUCCGUGCCAUUGAGGAGACAAGUGACGACAUGCUGUACAGCGUCUCCAUGUCCUAUCUCGAGAUCUACAACGAGAUGAUCCGUGACCUGCUGAACCCCUCCUCGGGCUUCUUGGACCUGAGAGAAGACUCUAAAGGAGUGAUUCAGGUGGCUGGCAUCACAGAGGUGUCUACCAUCAAUGCACAAGAGAUCAUGGAAUUACUGAUGAGGGGCAACAAGCAGCGCACCCAAGAGCCGACCGCCGCCAACCAGACGUCGUCUCGCUCCCACGCUUUGCUGCAGGUGGCCGUGAAGCAGCAGAGGUGUCGAGACGUCCUGCAGGAAGUCCGCUUUGCACGCCUCUUCAUGAUCGACCUCGCCGGAUCCGAACGAGCGGCACAGACUCAGAAUAGGGGUCAGCGAUUGAAAGAGGGGGCCCACAUCAACCGCUCUCUCCUCGCUUUGGGCAACUGCAUCAACGCCCUGAGCGAAAGAAAUGGGAGCAAGUACGUGAACUACCGAGACAGCAAGUUGACUCGAUUACUGAAGGACUCGCUGGGCGGGAACAGCCGGACGGUCAUGAUCGCCCACAUUAGCCCCGCCUCCGUGGCUUUUGAGGAGUCUCGUAACACGCUGGCGUACGCUGACCGUGCCAAAAGCAUACGCACACGGGUUAAGAGGAACCUGAUACAUGUGUCAUACCACAUUGCCCAGUACACCAACAUCAUCUCAGACCUGCGCUGCGAGAUCCAGCGUCUCAAGAAGAAGAUUGCAGAUCAGGCGAGCCGCCAGCUCAACUCAGACCGGGCUGACAUCCGCCAUGUGCAGGCUGAGGUCCAGGCCCACUCCAGCCAGCAGAGUCGGGCGGAGAUGGACCAGCUGAGGGAGCAGCUCUUGGAUGCCUUCCGCCAACAGAUGGAGAUCAGGAGGAGCCUGAUGGAGCUGGAAAACAACAACAUGGAGAUCCAGAUCGACACCUCCAAACACCUGUUAACUAUUGCAGACUGGGAGCAGGAGCGGAGUAGACGCAGGAGGAAGUGGCGGGCUGAAAGGAGGAAGGAAAGUGUUAAUAAGGAUGAAAGUGAGAAGGACUCUGAUUCCUCCGAGUCUCCUCCUGACAGCACAGAGACCCAGGAGGUGGCUAUGGCCCGGGAAAACCUUGUUACACUCAUGGCAGAACAGAAAAGGAUCCACAAACAGAAGGCAUUACACGAGCGCAGAUUUCUGGAGCUUAAGGAUAGGGCCCGGCGGUUGGAGGAGCUGCUGCCACGGCGGGUGAGCUCAGAGGAGCAGCGGGAGGUUCUGUGUCUCCUCUGCAAGGUCCACGAGCUGGAGAUCGAGAACACAGAGAUGCAGUCCCACGCACUGCUCAAAGACAACGUCAUCCGGCACAAAAACUUUGUGGUGCAGCGCUUCGCACACAGACACCUGUGUGAUGAGAUCAUACAGCAGCAGAGGCAGUUCAUUGAUGACCACAGUCUGCUCGUCCCUCCACACCUCCAGGAGCUGUAUGAGAUCUACAUGAGGCAGCUAGAUGAGAGGAAGCUGGACCGAGCCAUGGCCCUGGAUAAGGUGACCAUCAGACACACCAUCAAGGAGGGCUCUCUACCAAAGAUCACCCUGCCUGGUCAGGGUCGCGACAACACGCAGGACAUGGACUCAGACCAGGAGAGUGUACGCAACAUGUGCUCUGAUAACAGGCGAGGCCAAGCCAAAAUCCGUAGACACACUCUGCCCCCCAUCCUGCACGAGCCUGAGCUCGACAAUAACAGAGUUUUCAAGAGCAGCCCUCAUGCCAGGCAGUUGAAAAACUCGUCUGUAAUGACCCCCCUUCCUAUCCACAUCAACGGCAAGGGUAACAGAGAGCUGCAGCCUCUGGCCCCUGAAAGCUCUCUGAGCUACACCCACCUCAGCCACAGCAUCAGCAGCCACCUCGACUCGUCCCCCGAGAGCAGCGAGGCCGGGGCGGAGGUCGCCCUGACUCGAACAGAGCGGCAGCAAAUCCUGAAAGGGGUCCAGAACAUCGUAGUAAAAGCAGCCCGUCGUCGCUCCAAAGCCCUGGAGGCGGACGCGUUACGGUUACCCCCUCCGCCCUCCCCUCUGGACCCCAAGAAGCAGAAGAGCAGCCUCUCUUUGAGUGAGGCCCCCCCCAGAGGUUUGCCGAUGCGACGCGGCAGGCAGCCCAGCCCCGAGCUCAGACACGCCACCUCGGACGACAACCUGUCCAGCAGUACGGGGGAGGGGCCUGGCCUGCAGGUAACCUGGACACGCCCACGCAACCGCCAGGUCCCGAUCAAAAACCAGACGCCCCGAGAGGCGGACUUUGAGGCUCGCCGCAAGAAGAGGCGUUCCCGCUCUUUCGAGGUCACUGGUCAAGCACUGCCUCAAACAAAGACAACCACAGCUCAGAGGUUCCGCCCUCUGGACAGCACAUCAGACCCCCAUCUCCACAACAACGGGCCCCCACAGGCUCCCAUGCUCCGCCCCCAGUUCAGAGGGGUCCCUCCUCUCGCCAAAAUCAGGGCACACCACAACAUCCAGCAAACAAGCUCAAACACAGAGCCCUCCACAGCCCACAUGAAUAACCUGAAGCGGGGAUCCCAGCUGCGGCAGCCCCAGCCCCUCCUCUACAUCACCACCACAGGGACCGGGGCGCAGCGCACACGCAGACACUGAGCCAGCACCCCAAUUUAUCCUCAACACCAGCACUAACACCCAAACCAGCCCCCCAGCCCAGCAUUUAACCCCUGAGUGACCGACAUCAGGCAGGACUGUGAGGCAGUAUGACUGAGACACCUCCACGCAGGUCUCCUCUGUGCUUUGCUGUGGACACUGAGCAGCGGCGCUCUGAGAGCCAUCAGCCUGCAGACGCCAAAGAUUGUUCAACAUAAAGUUCUGUUCGGUUCUGUCCAGUGUUUCCACUUUAGCUUGCUGUCGUGCUAAAUUGUGUUUGGUAUCCUCAGGUCAGGAUAACGUCAAGCUCACUAUGAAUGCAACAUUGUACUAAUGUUUGUGCGUUAUGAGAAUAUAUGGUUUGGUAAUGUUCAGUGCUUGUGAUAAGGGCCAGCAUUGAGUUAAUGGGGAAUCAUUAAUGACUUUGUAAUGGCAAUGUAAAAACUGCAUAAUAGGAAAUGGCCCCACAUCAAAUUGUUUCAGUAUCUUGUAGUGACGUCCCGAUUUAAUGACACGCUCAUAUUUGAGUUAAAAAAUCUUCUUGAAUGUUGUGCCCGUCUGGAUUCAAACUCAAUGUUGUGUUCUCACACGCCCGGGGUUGAUGCCUUCUCCCAAACAUGACUGUUUAAUGUCAUGUCUGUUGUGUUAGAUGUAUAGUACCACAAGUUGCUUUUCCAGAGUAGUUGGCUGUUUUUAAUGAAAUUUUAAACUGUUGCCUUUACUUGUAUUUUGUUGUCAUCAACAUUGUUUUUCAUAAUUACUACUUUUCUAUGCUUUAUUUUGUACAUU